GUGGACCAUCAUCGAGCGGUCAACUAAAGCCAUGAUUACUCUUUUUUGGGGGGGGGGAAAUAGAAUGAUAUUCAUGUGGAUAGUAGCAUAUUGCGUUCACCUCCGCUUCACAACAAUGGUGCUGAUCAGCAGGUGACUGAACAAGAUCCCAUAUCCUCAUUCAGUCAAUCUCAAACACAGAUGGAGGAGUCAAUGGUACAUAGUUUAUCUAUUGAUGAAAAUACACAGACCUCGGUCGACCGCUUCCAACUUUUACAUAGCAUGACGAAUAACGAUAAUUCGGUUACAGCAGAUACCCAAGAUCUAUACAUACCCUCCCCUUUUUCGCCCUUUUCUUCGCAAAAAGAACAACAAUCACAACAGCAUGAAGACAUAGUGACAAACGGAAAAAAGAUAUCAACAAAAGAAGAGCAGCAGCAAAUGAGUACUCAAAUUUCAGAAUUUACUACAGAUAAUUCACAAGUGGACCCAAUUAUUGAGGACGACGAUAAUAUGAGUUUACCAUCUAUACCAUCUAUUUCAAACAAUGAAAAGGAAAAACAGCAAACAGAGGAAUUACCUCAGUUGAAAUUUCACUUUCGUGAUAGGAUACCAUCAGUAUUACCACAAACAUUGGCAUCAACCCCAAAGAUAAUUGUACCUCAAUGUUCUUCAGUAGCUAACGUAAAUAAACUUGAUCAGCCACUAUUUUGUCCAGAUGGGCUUGUAGAUAAUACUCUCAAAUGUAUCUUGAAAAAGAAGACCGAAUUUGAGCAAUGGGAAAAUACGGUGAAUGCGCACAUGGCAAAGUAUGGAUCGAUUGCGAAAGUGAGUCGUUACGAUCAAGACGCUGUAUUAUUUCGCAUGCUCAAUACAUGGACAGAAGGUGGGCUCGUCUUCUCGCGCUGUGUCUUAUUACCUCAAGAAGAUAUCGAUUUUCUGUUAUCUUUUGCUUCUGCUCCUUCGUCCAUGCAGGAAGGGAGUCAGAUACAGCAGCAUUUGCAACAGCAAAGAACAUUAACGAGCUUUGGUAGUAAUACUCAAGUUGAGUCCAUCAAAGAGUUUGAAUCGCAGAUAACGCCGCGUUUACCGGAGUAUGUGCCUAAAGAAGGAGCAGAAGACGAAACCUUUCUGUUUGCAUUCUCCUUUGCUUACAUGCGCUAUCCUCCACCGCCUCAUAUUUUGAAUAAGUUUGUUGAAGAAGAGCAAGUGGUAGGCGUUUGGCCAGACUGGAAAGAGAUUAACAUGGAAAUAGAAGGCAUGGGCACCUUUGAAGUGAAUUUGGUGACAAAAUUCAAAGCCGAUUCUAUCUAUUAGAUAGGCAGGAGGUUAUGACAAAGGAGCAGUGACAAACAGAAAAAAAAAAUUGUUUUCUUUUUUAUUCAUUUUUAAAAUUGUAUGUAUACAGAUAGAAAGUCUUCCUACAUUCUUUACAUAAAAAUAGUAUAUCCACUGAUUUACUUUGACAUCCCAUUCAAAAACGGCAAUCCAUUAUUGCAUAUCAUGUACUACUAAAUUUUGCAUCUACUACGGUUCAUUCUGA